UGCACCGGGAUCAAGGGGAUCGGGAUUCAUUCAGUCGUAUUUAUUGAGCGCUUCCUGUGUGCAGGGCACUGUACUAAGCGCUUGGGACCAACGGGAUCAGCGGGAUGCUGUGGACGCGGGCCCCGGGGCCGCCCCGAGCACCAGGCGACCGUGACCAGGUUGGCGACCGGGCCCCCGCAGACCCACCGACCCCCCGUCUACGGCCCCGUUGGUCUUGGACCGUGAGAACCGUCGCCUGACCUGCCAGAGCGGGCCCCCCCGACACACCAGCCAUGCGCCUUCCGUGAACGGCUCGCCUCCCCUCGCCGGGUGCCGGCCCGCCCCGGAGACGGGGAUGACUCGGUGCUGAGACCGCCGGCGUGGGGAGAGCCAGCGAGGACACCGUCCCCCCUGCGGUUCGGGAGCGGGACCCGAAACAUGGAGGAGUUCACCACCAGGACCUAUGGCACGAGCGGUCUGGACAACAGGCCCCUGUUCGGAGAAACUUCAGCCAGGGAUAGGAUCAUCAACCUAGUUGUCGGCAGCUUAACAUCCCUCCUGGUUGUAGUGACUCUGAUCAGUGCUUUCGUGUUCCCGCAACUACCUCCGAAACCAGUGAAUAUCUUUUUUGCCGUUUGCAUCUCCUUGAGUACAAUUACUGCCUGCGUUCUUAUCUACUGGUAUCGACAAGGAGACCUGGAGCCCAAGUUUAGGAAUCUCAUUUACUAUAUUUUAUUUUCUCUCGUGAUGCUGUGUAUCUGUGCCAACUUGUAUUUCCACGACGUGGGGAAAUGAGGCAGGAUCCCUCCCUGGGUUCCCUGUGGCCCUGCACCCCGGCCCCACCAAGCCAGAACAGACUGGGCCAGGGGAUUCACCACAUGACCUCUGUUGGAGCUGCACACUAAACUUCCUCUUGAAGGGAGAAGACUGGGCCUCUCAAGACUGGCAUUCUGCAUCUUCUUCAUAAGGCGCUACUGUUACCGCAGUGAAUGGCACAAUUUACCCUUCACUUGAAAAAUUUCCUUUUUUUUUUAUGGUAUCCCAUAUAACACUGCCCAGAGGCGAUGUAACAAAUAUCUUCGAACUCUAAGACAAAUACCCUUUAUUUGUGUUAAACUGAAUAUACAAUUAUUUGUUCCCUAGGCAACCAUC